GUGAAAAUGGAAAGUAAAGAUUCAAAACUAAUAAAGAAAACGGGCAGGAAAACCCCUAAGUACUGUUGUAUUUGUAAAGGAAUUUACAGAGGAAAGGUUAUUGAUGGGAGAAAAGUGUCAUUGCACCGUUUUCCUCAGAACAAACGUUUAAAACGUGUGUGGGUGCAGCGAUGUAAAACGGUCAUGAGAUCGUUCCAGUGGAAUGAACACAGACGAUUGUGUAGUGAGCAUUUUGUUGGCUUCAGAGGACCUUCAUUCCAGCAUACACUUCCAUCUAUGUUUCCAACUGAGACUGGUGCUACCAAAACCUUCCAGCCAACGCUCCUUGAUGAAGACGUAGGUGAUGAUGAUGAUGGUGAUACGGUCAAUGACGAUUUAGACCUAGAACUGUCAAAUGAUGAUAGUAUACAGCCACAACUGUCAUUUGUAUCCCCUUCCGGGCAUGCCAUUGAUACCUCUGUCCACCUGCAUGAUUACUGCAUGGGACCAGUACUACAGCCACAGAAUCAGUCCUUUAGAUGUUGUGACACACAGACUGAGAACAACUGUGCAGUGAUGGAAGUACAAACUGAAGAAAGUUUCCUGGGAAAAACAGCAGACUUCAGUUCACAAACAGAACAUUCUACUAGAGACUUUGGUGUACAAUGUCAGCUACCUAUGCUCACAUAUGAUGACGUAAAAUACAAUGACGAUUUGGUCAGUUUUUACACCGGAAUCCCUAAUCGAGUUGUGUUUGAAGCUUUGUUUGAUGAAAUCAAGGAUGAAGCUGAAGUGCGGACAUCAAGGCGGAAACUUAACUAUAAAGAUUCAGAUGGAGGACGGCCAAGAACUCUAAGUGUUCUGGAUGAAUUUUUCAUGGUGCUGAUGCGCCUACGUCUAGGUCUGUUAUUUGAAGAUCUAGGUACUAGGUUUUGCAUAUCCACUUCACAAUGUAGUGACAUUGUUGAAAGAUGGAUCAACUAUUUACAUGUACAAUUAUCCUUUCUUGUUCAAUGGCCAUCUCGUGAGGUAGUGAAAAAUAACAUGCCUGAACAAUUUAAAGAGAAAUAUUCUAACACUAGAAUUAUUAUCGACUGCACUGAAAUUUACAGUGAAACAUCCAGUUCUCUUUCUUUGAAAAGUUUAAUGUACAGUGAUUACAAGUCUCACAUGACUCAUAAGAUUUUGGUGGGUAUAAGCCCAAAUGGUGUUGUAACUUUUGUUUCUGACUGUUGGGUGGGCUGUACCAGUGACAAGAAACUCACAGAAAAAUGUGGACUCUUGGACUUGCUUGAAGAAGGAGACGCCAUAAUGGUUGAUAAGGGUUUCACUAUUACAGACCUUACUACUCCAAGAGGCAUUCAUCUCAUUAUUCCACCAUUUAAACAGAAAGGAAAACAAUUCUCUAAACGUGAGGUUCUCCUUACAAAAGAUAUUGCAAGUUUACGAAUACAUGUUGAAAGGCAAAUGGAGAGAAUCAAGAACUUUCGAAUAUUGCAUGGCAAUAUUCCUAUAACACAGUCAAGGAGAAUUUCUAAAGUGUUCAAAAUAUGCACAUAUUUGACAAAUCUAUGGCCACCACUUGUUCAAUAAUAACUCAUGUGUCAAUGAAAGCGUUUGUAUAUAUCAAGCAUUAGAUUUAGGGAUAAAAACUUGUAUACUUCUAACUAGAACAAUGAAAUUACAAUUUUGUUUUAAAAUCAUUUUUUCGAGCAAGUUAUAUGAUAACAUAUGAGAUUACACAUUUGAUUCAGGUUUGACAAAAAUGGAUAAGGAAAUAUGCUCAUGUGAAUGGAUUUCAAGAUUUGAUUUGAAACAUGUAUGCAUUAACUGAUCAAUUUAUUGAUAUAAUUUUUUGUUUGUGAAACAUCUGCUUUGUAUUUUGUGGUUUUAUUAUUUGUAACAUUUCUAAGAAUAAAAGUCAA